AUGUCUCUCAAAGUUGCAUUGGCCGGUGCCACCGGUAACCUUGGUCCUGCCAUUCUCGAGGCGCUCGAUGCUGCCAAUUUCGAAGUCACUGUCUUGACCAGAUCCUCAAACAACUCAUUCGAUUCCAAGAUCAAAGUCGCCGAAAUCGACUAUCAAUCUGUCGAGUCUAUUCAGAAAGCCCUUGCCAACCAAGACGCACUGGUAAUUGCUCUCGGUGCUGUCGGCCUGGAGCCUCACGCCAACCUCAUCAAGGCUGCCGUCGCCGCCAACGUGAAGCGCAUCAUCCCAUCCGAAUUUGGCUCAGAUACCACCAACCCCAAUGCCGCCGCUUCGCCCGUCUUCGGCGAUAAGGUUGCCAUCCAGAAGCAGUUGAAUGAAACUGUCGCCUCCUCAUCAACUACAAGUUAUACAGGCAUCGUCAACGGCCCAUUCCUGGACUGGGGCUUAAAGGUGAAGUUAUUGGUGGACCUUUCUAGCCCUGAGCCUGUCCUUUACGAUGGUGGAGAUCGCAAGAUCAGCGUGACUACCUUGUCUGGUAUUGGAAAGGCAGUCGUUGGUGUCUUGAAGAACUUGGAUGCUACUAAGAACAAGACUGUGUUUGUGCGCGAGGCUGAUUUGAGCCAGAAGGACUUGCUUCAGCUUGCAGGUAAACAGGUUUCUAACGGCAAGAAUGUCUCCACGGCUGACUUGGAGAAGGAGGCAUUUGCUGAGCUGCAGAAGCCCGAGCCCAAUGUUCCUGUCUUUGUUUACGGAUUCCUUAAGCGGGCCAUCUUUGGCGAAGGCUUUGGCAGUCUAUUCCCCACUGAGAACCUGUCGAAUGAAUUGUUGGGGGUUGGAAAGCUGAGCGAUGAAGAACUGAAGGCUCUUGUUUCGAAAUACGCAUAA